AUGGGCAAUCAUGCUCUUGGCUACGAUUUCGACAUUCGCUGCUGUCGCACUACAGAAUUUAGUCAGGCGGAUGCCCUUUCUCGCCUCAUCAGCAAUCAUCGGGAACCAGAGGAAGACAUCGUGCUUGCCACCAUUUUGAUUGAGGACGAUGUGCGCCGUCAGCUAUCAGACGCAUUACAAGGUACCUCUGUCACUGCCGCGGACAUGCGACGUGCUACUGAACAGGAUCCUGUCCUCCGUCAGGCCAUCACCUACGUGAAGACCUGCUGGUCAACCAAUGCCCUCGCUGGCGAUCUUCGUCGGCCAUUCCUCCGCCGAGAAUCGCUAUCUGUGGUUGACUCCUGCCUCAUGUUUGCGGACCGUGUGGUGAUCCAAUCUGCUCUCCGACCUACUGUACUACGGCAGUUCCAUGCCGCUCAUCCUGGUACCAGCCGAAUGA